AAACUGAGUUACAUAUAAAUCGUAAAAAUAAGUCGUAUAUUAAGAUAUAUACGAAACGCAUAAUGCAUUUAAACUUUUACAGCUUCGGUGUAGGACCUGGCAUGUGGCUGGCUGAUCUGACUGAAUGAAUGAAUGAAUGCUUGGAUACAAAUGUAUAGCAGAGUUGAUCGAUACAAAGUAGUCUUAAAUUACUGUAAAGAACAAAUCUAUUAACCAUGCGGAGAAGACCACAGUCUGCGGCUUUGACAUCGGCAUUUUUAAGCAGGGCUGGGAGUGAGAAAACAGGUUCUACAGCUGCAGCACAGUCGCAGUUUCACACAGACCUCUGGCUCUGUUUCACUGUGCAGAACUGGAUAUUGGACUUUGGGAGGCCAAUUGCUAUGAUCAUAAUGCCCCUGGAAUGGUUUCCUCUAAAUAAACCCAGUGUUGGAGAUUAUUUUCACAUGGCAUAUAAUGUCAUCACACCAUUCCUAUUACUGAAGCUGAUUGAGCGGAGUCCCACAGCCCUUCCUUGCUCAGCAGUUUACCUCUGCAUCAUCACCUUUGUCAUGGGAGCUAGCAUACACCUGGUAGGAGACUCUAUUAACCAUCGUCUCAUCCUCAGUGGAUACCAGCUUCACCUUUCUGUCAGAGAAAACCCCAUUAUCAAAGAUCUGAAGCCUGCCUCACUGAUUGAUUCCUUUGAGCUUCUGUAUUACUAUGAUGAGCACUUGGGGCAUUCCAUGUGGUAUGUCCCUUUCUUUCUCAUCCUCUUCUUAUAUUUCACUGGCUGCUUUACACAAAUUAAAGAUGAGAAGAUGCCUUACUCAGGCUGGCUGCUACUUGGCCCCAGUGCUGUGUACUAUUGGUAUCUGAUUACUGAGGGGCAGAUCUUUGUCCUGUAUGUCUUCACCUUUUUUGCCAUGGUUGCCACUGUGAUGCGCCAGAGGCGGAUGGGCUUUGUGUUAGACAGCAAUGGCCGUUUCCUUUUCUAUAACUUCAUCAUUACUCUGGGAUUAGUUCUGGUUUGGGUCGCAUAUCUGUGGAAUGAUAAAGUUUUGCGCAAAAAGUAUCCCGGUAUCAUCUAUGUCCCAGAGCCUUGGUCCUUCUAUACCUUACACAUCAAAGGCAGUUAAAUACUAACAGCAAAUCUGAACUAAACUUCAUUGACAUUUCUGCAGUAUAAUGCUUUGACCAAGUUUAAUGGCACUUUGAGUGAAACCGAGAAGAUUUACUUAAGUUCCAGUGUUACUUAAAUGGAUUGUUCAUCCAAAAAUGAAAAUUCUGUCAUUUACUCACCCUCAGGUUGUUCC